UUGACUGAGUGGGAGGCUGGACCACCCCACUCGUGGGCUUCUGCUCAGCAUUUCCAUCAGCUGCUAAGAGCCUCAUGCUUUGUGUGGGGGCAACAUGGUUAUGAGAGGAAAACGCAUCCUCCUACCACCACGAAAGUAGGAAUCUGGUGCUAAGGAAGGAAGGAGAUGGGGCGGCGGGGAGGAAGUAGGGAGACACACCAAGAGAAUCAGGGAUGCCCAACUGGAAGACGAAGACGCCCGUGUCCUCUCCGAGUGGCCUUGGUGAUUGUCCAGGAGAUGACCUGUAGAUCCACAGGCACUAACGUGGCUCUCUCCUUCCCUGAGGCUCUGGACACCAGUGUAUCCCACGGCUGCUCAGGUAGAAAAAGCUCCCCUGCCCCAUGCACUCCUGUGCAUACAGCUCUCUCCCAGACCCAUUAACACUUCCUGGCCUGCGACAGCGUGGGAUGGUGGAAGCCUCAGGGGGUCGACGAGUCAGUCGGCAAACACCGACUGGGCCCCCAGACGGUGAGGGUCUCGUGCUGAUGCGCAGGAAGCAGGGAGUGGGGGGCGGGGAUCAGAGGCGGCAUUAUCUGUGAGUUUCGCUUGGGGGUUGUUAGAAAGAGCCCGUGCCGACAGUAGCGCCCCCACGCGUGUCCUCCGAGCGCCGUGGGCAGUCCUGUCCACAGCGGCCCUCGGGGCCGCGCCCGCAGCUCCGGCGGCAGAAGGGGAUGCUCCUGGGCAGCCCGCAGCAACGCAGCGCGCUGCGCAGCCACACGCAGAGCCUCUCCGGACGCUGGGCCAAGGGAGCCAGGCGCAAAGGACACGCGGACGACCCACUCACGCGAAGUCCAAGCAGCGGCAGCUCAUCCGCCCAGAGAGGGCGACAGGCGGGUGGGCGAGGUGUCCCCUCCGCGCGGUGGCUGCUGGACAGAAUUCACUGAGCUUGGUACGCUUGUCGGUGCGCCUGCUGGCACUUCAAGUGUGAAUCUGAAGGGGGCCAGGGGGCGCCGCGGAGGGUUCAGAGGGUUCAGAGGGCAGAGGCCUCCGCGCCCCGCGUUGCUGGGUGACCGUCUCCCGGGCGACGCGAGACGCCAAGCGCGGCUGCUCCGACCGCAUGGCGCAGAAACCGCUCAGCGCCGCCUCGGCCGAGCGCAUGAACCUCGUGGCCCAGGACGAGAUCUGGAAAUACCGCCUGAAGGCAGAAGCUGAAGCACAGCAAAACUGGGCCCAGAACUGGGGAUUUUUAACAACCCCCCUUGAGGAGUUGCUCAAGUGUGAAGAAGAAACCCCCACCCCAAAGCCCAAAAUUGAGCUUCCCGAGCGGUUCUGCAUCCGGCCAGUGACCCCAGUGGAGAAAUACAUCAAGGUCCUCCCAUCCCCCCCAGUCCCAAAGACCACCCAGGGCCUCAUCGGCUGGCGGUCCGGAGUGCCGGGCCUGAACAAGUGUCUGGAGCUCAGCGAUGAGAUCAGAAGCUGCAAAGGUGCCUUUGCCAAAGAGCUGAGCUGGCCCAAGCAAGGCAUCCACUGAGGCCGGACAGAGACUCCGGCCUGGGCAGGAGGGGUGGAUGGCCAGGCACCCAGUGCCGCGCCUGGGGAAAGGACAGUUCCUUGGCACCCCUCUGAGGACAUAGUUCCCCUCCGUACUUGCUCAUGGGGUGUUGCAAAGAACACAAGACAGCCCUUCAACAUUUCCAGUUCACCAAUGCCCCCCUUCUUGUAACACACUUGUUCUUAACUAAUGUAAGGAAAAAUGC